UCAACAUUCAGAGUUCAGACGUCAGUAGCAAAGUGAACGUCGAGAAUUUACACAAAUUUAAUGAAUUAUGAAUUAUUUAAAAAUAUAAUUUUAUCUUUAUUGACAUUUUUUACAUUUUAAUGAAUUUUUGUAUAUAAAUAAAUGAAUUUGCGUUUCUAUUGCAAUCAUGAAUUUUUAUGUAAUACUUUCUAUUGUGUUUACAUGCGUUUCAUUGUCUCAACAAGCGCACCAUGAUUUCGACUUGUUGAUAUUCACCCAAAACUGGCCAGCAACAGUUUGCAAGGAAUGGAAGAAAAUGGACCCCAUGCAUAAAUGCUCCAUGCCACGUAAAAAUGAUGCAUGGUCAAUUCACGGUAUCUGGCCAACAAAAUUGGGAACUAUUGGUCCUGCAUUUUGUAAUAGAACAUGGUUUUUCGAUCCUGAAAAGAUAAGACCCAUAGAGGACAAACUACUGGAAGAGUGGACUAACAUUUUCAAUGGUACGUCCAAUUAUGCACUGUGGGCUCAUGAAUGGAAUAAACACGGCACCUGUGCUGCCGUUUUGGAACCUCUUAGCUCUGAAUUUAAGUAUUUCUCUAUGGGCCUGGAUUGGUUAGAAAAAUACUCAAUGGGUAAAAUUCUAAAUGACGCAAACAUCUCGCCAUCAAACAGUAAGGAUUACCACAUAACUGAAAUCAACAAUGCCAUCAAAUCAGCUCUUAACAUUGACCCUGCGAUUGAGUGUAGAAAAAUUGACGGACAGAGUUUCAUAACAGAAAUUCGUAUUUGUUUUACGAAGGAUUUGAAACUGUCAGAUUGUGAUGGUGUAUUAGGAAGGAGGACGAUUGGUCAGGAUUCUAUUAUCACUAAUUGUGACGGUAGCAAGAAUAUAGUUUACCCCCAUUAUAAAGAGAAUAGUCUCUACAUUCAGCUGUAUAAAUUCGUCACUUGGCUGCAAUGGUUCACGUUUUAAGGGAACUAAGGAUAAUUGAAUUCUAUUAUUGGUAGUGUCGUUGAGCAUGAUAAGACAUAAUAAUUAAGGCAAAACACAAAUGUACCUCAUUUUAAAUUCAAGUUAUGAAUUUAUAAUGCUUUUUUUGUUGAAAUCAAUUUGUAAUUUUUUACUAUCAAUGUUUACAUUGUUUUGUAUAGAUAAUGAAUUAUGAGGCUUGUACUAUCAAUUUUUAAAUUCCUUUUGAUAAAAUACAUAGUUUUCAAUCGAUUUGAUUUUCCGUAAGGAUAAUUAUUGACUGUUAUUUACCAAAACAUAAAUACUUAUUGCGAUUGUGGCCGCCAUAUUUUUUUCAAAUGAAUUUACUGUGUACUACUGGGUAGAUUACAUUUUUUAUUUACUGUUUAUAAGAUAAGACUUUUGAUAAUUAUCUUUUUUAUUUCGUUUUAGUCCUUAUUGCCAUGAAACUGUCUUUUUCAAUUUUAUUUAUGAACUUGUCUUGAUACGCUUUAUUUUUUUUAUAUGCACAAUAAUGCACAGUUAAAAUAUAUUAUUUUUUUAUUUAUUCCAACACUAAUGAAAAGUGGCAAAUAGAUAUAAUACAAUGUACCUAUUAAUGACUUCCUGUUUAUCUUUAUAAUUUUUUAUCUAGAUGAAUUCUACAACAGGUUUACAAAUUUUAUGUACUUAAUUUUUAUGCAUUAAUAAAAUAUUAAAGUAUGGGAGAAA